UACAACGAUAUUGCCCUCAACGACUCUGUUGCCCUCGACAACUCUGUUGCCCUCGAAAACUCUGUUGCCCUCGACAACACUGUUGCCCUCGACAACUCUGUUGCCCUCGACAACUCUGUUGCCCUCGACAACUCUGUUACCCUCGACAACGGUGUUGCCCUCGACAACUCUGUUACCCUCGACAACGGUGUUGCCCUCGACAACGCUGUUGCCCUCGACAACGCUGUUGCCCUCGACAACUCUGUUGCCCUCGACAACUCUGUUGCCCUCGACAACUCUGUUGCCCUCGACAACUCUGUUGCCCUCGACAACUCAGUUGCCUACGACAACACUGUUGCCUACGAC